AUGAAAGUUGGCUUGCCGGACCUCCUGCUCCUGUGCCUCUUGUUCGUCGUGGCUUGUAGGGCAGUUGAGCGUAUCCAACCAUUCCAGCCAGUGACACCUUAUGCAGACCUUCAACAUAACAUGGCCAUGACGACGAUACUACAAGAUGCGAUCAAUGCGGCCAAUAGACACUUCAGAAUUGAGCCCGGCCAUCUGCAACCUGCUUGGCCCUGGCCUUUCAACGAUGAAUCGUAUAGGGGUGCAUUGUUCGGACUCCUUCAAGAUCCUGAUUCGCGAUAUGUCCAGCUUGGAACUGAUGGCGAGUACAGCCUUUUCGCAGCUCCUUGGCAUGUGUAUGUUGCGGCUCAGCAGAGGUUCAAGAACUACGUCUUGUUCUUCAAAGUACACCAGACAAACGGAGUUGUUCCAGUCGGCUUUUCGGACUACCGUACACACAAUCUCCCGGGUAGAUCCAUCGGUUUUGGUGAAGCGUUGCAACAGGCAGCCACUAUCUCACACGCCGAAUUGAUGGGCCGAUUGCCCUUGUUGGGCGCGUAA